GCCCACCACUAGAGUCUGGCAUUACUUGGCAAUUUUGUAUGCCGAGUUCAGGAAAAAUAUUAAUAUUAAAACAAACAGUAAUUAUACGUAAAUUGCAAGUGCUUUAAAAAUGGCAACAGUCGCUGUUGAUACUGUCUCUCAAGACAUCGAGAUGGAGGUGGAUGCUACGGCUGAAACAUUGGCAGACGAGAAGAAAAAUCAAGAUCUCGCUGCCGUACAAGAACUUCGGGAACAAAUACGCCAAAUUGAAAAGUCCGUGGCCUCCAAGGAAGCACGUUUCAUUCUUCGCGUGCUACGCAAUUUGCCCAUUACUCGGCGCAAAUUAAACGGCGUCGUAUUCCGGAACCUGGCUCAGAGCAUUUAUCCCGUUGGUGCUGACCGCGAGGCUGCCUUGGCACUCACGCCUGCACUCGAAAAAGAUGCCACAGAAUUGCCUGAUGUGCCCAAAAAGCAGGUGGCAACAAAGGCUCCCAUUGCUGAGGUAGAUGCGUACUAUUAUCUACUGUUGCUGGUGAAAUUGAUAGAUGCUGGAGAUUUGAAGCGAGCUGGCGUUUGUGCUGAUGCGUUAAUGUCUAAAAUCUCGAUACAAAAUCGUCGCACAUUGGAUCUUAUUGGUGCCAAGUCAUAUUUCUACUACUCACGCGUGGCGGAGCUGAACAAUGGAUUGGAGGGGAUUCGUUCCUUUUUGCAUGCCCGCCUGCGCACUGCGACGCUGCGCAAUGAUUUCGAGGGACAGGCCGUACUGCUCAAUUGCCUGCUGCGUAACUAUUUACAUUAUGCACUGUACGAUCAAGCCGACAAGCUCGUCAAGAAGUCGGUGUAUCCCGAGUCGGCCAGCAACAAUGAAUGGGCACGCUUCCUCUAUUAUUUGGGUCGCAUCAAGGCCGCAAAGCUUGAAUACAGUGAUGCUCACAAGCAUUUGGUGCAGGCAUUGCGCAAAUCACCACAGCAUGCCGCCAUUGGAUUCCGCCAGACAGUACAGAAGUUGAUCAUUGUUGUGGAACUGUUGCUGGGCAACAUACCAGAACGCGUGGUGUUUCGCCAGGCUGGAUUGCGCCAAUCUCUUGGACCAUAUUUCUCGCUCACACAGGCUGUGCGGCUGGGUAAUCUGAAGCGCUUUGGGGAUGUGGUCUCACAGUUUGGGCCCAAAUUCCAAAUGGAUCAUACAUUUACGUUAAUCAUUCGUCUGCGCCACAACGUAAUCAAGACGGCCAUUCGCUCCAUUGGACUCUCCUACUCGCGCAUUUCGCCGAAAGAUAUAGCCAAGCGUUUGAUGCUUGACUCGGCAGAGGAUGCCGAAUUUAUCGUGUCCAAGGCUAUACGUGAUGGUGUUAUUGAAGCUACCUUGGAUCCCGAACAAAAUUAUAUGCGCAGCAAGGAGAGCACCGACAUAUAUAGCACACGCGAGCCCCAGUUGGCCUUCCAUGAACGCAUUUCGUUCUGCUUGAAUCUGCACAAUCAGAGCGUUAAGGCAAUGCGUUAUCCCCCCAAAUCUUAUGGCAAGGAUUUGGAGAGUGCCGAGGAGCGACGUGAGCGGGAACAACAGGACCUGGAGCUGGCCAAAGAGAUGGCCGAAGAUGAUGAAGACGGUUUCUAAGCUCUUACUUUCAUAAAGAUAUACAUUAAUUUUUCAUAAAUGUGUGAACGAUUAUCAUAAUAAAAUUAAUUUCCGAAAUUUGUAAA